AGAAACUAACAAAAUUCAAGAUUUUCCUUAAAACAAAAUCCUAAUACUUCUCCACAAACAAAAACCAUUAGCAUAUCACCAAACUUCUUUAGGGUUUAGCUUUAUAUACUCUAACCAAACCCUUCUAUCACGCUCAUCUUUUCUUUCUCUUUCCCAAAAUCAAAUCAAAUCAAAUCAAAUCAAAUCCUCGUAAUUAUUUUCCUGUUAAAAUUAAACCUCUGAUUUUCGGCAACAAUGGCGCAAGAAUCUCGAUCUCGAGGCGAAGUACGUUGGUUCAGCGAUACAAAAGGUUACGGCUUUAUCAAACCAGAAGACGGUGGUGAAGAUCUAUUCGUUCAUCACUCUGACAUCAAAUCCGACGGUUAUCGUACUCUUACCGAAGGCGCAAUCGUCGAAUUCACUUUUUCCGUCGGAGAAAACAAGAAACCUAAAGCUGAUGACGUCACUGGUCCUAACGGUUCUUCAAUCCUUCCUCCCUCCGCUCCUCGUAGAGCCACGUGGCGGAGAGAUAACCCCUCUGAUGGUAGCGGAUGUUACAAUUGCGGCGGAUACGGUCACCUCGCACGUGACUGUGUAGAUAAUUCUAAUAGUUUCCGCGGUGGUGGUGGUGGUUGUUAUAGCUGCGGUCAGCCCGGGCAUUUUGCCCGAGAAUGCCGAAGCGGAAACGGUAGCAGUACUGUUGUUGGCGUGGGCAGUGGUAAUUGUUAUAGUUGUGGUGGGUUCGGACAUUUGGCUCGGGAUUGUCGCCAGAGUGGUGGUGGUGGUAGGUUUGGAGGGAAAUUUGGAGGUGGUUCGGGUUCGGGUGGUGGUGGUGGUGGAUGCUAUAACUGUGGAGAACCAGGGCAUUUUGCUAGAGAAUGUGGUAACCGAGUUUUAGCUUAAACGUACAGUUUUUAGCUCGUAUAAAUACUAUAAAUUAAUUAGUACGUAUCGAUUAGUAUAAGUAUUGAUGUUUUGUUUUCUUCCCGUUCUGUUUUCGGUUGGUUAUACAUAAGGUAACUUUGAACGGGGAGAAGGAGGUUUUAUUUGGGUGUUUUUUUGAUUUUGAACUGAUGUUAAUGUUUUGUGGUUUGUUUGCAGAUGGUAUAUACACAUGGUUGUCUCUAACUUAUCUAUGUACUUUGAAUUUUGUGGUCUAUGGAUUGUUUUAUAAGGUGUUUUUAUUCUAUAA